GUAUUCUACUUAGGAAGAAACGAAACAGAAAAUCAGAAUCUGAUCUUCAAACUCAAACCCUAACAUUACAACAAAAAAAUCAAUGUAUCGACUUUUCUCUUGCAUUCGCCAUGGCCGUGGAUCUUCCCUAGUAUCUCUCCUUGCAUCAAAACCUGCGUUUCCAUUCGAUGCCGCUAUGCGACCUCGCCGCUUACCUCAAAACGACGGACAUGUUAGGGGAUUUUCAAGUUCAAAUUUUGAUUGGGGAAGCCUUCUAAGAAACCAGAAUGUGAAUGCAGAGGGGAAUGCUCCUCCAGACAUGCGGAAUUUAGAAAACAGAAAACGCAUAAGCUGGAAUAAUGGGAACCAGAAUGUGAACGCAGAUGCCAACGCUUAUCCAAAUUUUAUGCAAAACAGAAACGUGAAUAGCAGAAUGUGGAAUAAUCUGGGCCAGAAUGUGAAAGCAAAUGCAGACGCCCCUCCCGAUUUUAUGCAAGAUAAAGAGAACAUAAACCUCGAAAGCAAGAAUGAUGUUAGGACUGGCUUGAAUUCUAGGCCAAUGGACUUUGUAAGAGGAAUUUUAGAUGAAGAUAAUUUUAUGAGAGGUGGUUCCUUUCAGUAUCAGUAUCAGUAUGAGCAGGAUGCUGAUCAUGUUCAUAUAAAGAUGUUACGUAAUAAUACCUUUGUGACUGUAACAGAUUCUAAAGGAAAUGUAAAACUCAGUGGCUCUGCUGGGUCAUUGAAAGACCUGAAAUCAGGGCAAAAGCUUUCUAGGUAUGCCGCCGAGGCAACUGCGGAAGUUGUGGGCCGGAGGUCUAGGGCUUUGGGAUUGAAAUCUGUGGUCAUGAAAGUGAAUGGAUUUACCCAUUUUAGCAGAAAAAGGCGAGCGAUAAUGAGCUGGAAGGAGGGCUUUACUUCUGAUUCUCGAGGCGGUAGAAAUCCAAUUGUAUUCAUUGAAGAUACCACUAGAAAACCCCAUAAUGGCUGCAGAUUACCAAAGAAACGACGUAUUUAGGUGUUUGGUAUUGAGGUGGUUGGAGAAACUUUAUUUUACUUGGAUGAAGAAACACUAUAGGUGCCGUUCUGGGCACAUGAUGAUACUUAUCUUGAGCACAUUACUUGUAGACUAUCCGUCUCCUUCCUCCUGUACAAUUUUGAAGAUUAAAUAAUCAGAACUUUCUGUAACAGUAUUUACUACUGAUUGUUGAUUUCUGUCACUGUCGACCACUCUUUUAUAAACUGAAUGAAUAUGAAAGUCAGCUAUUAUUAA